AUGGACGCCGCUCGCAAUCUCCGCCUCCCUUCUCGUCUCGCCCAAUCAGCGUUCUGAUUUCUCCUCGCGCUGACCAAUGGGGAUGAGCGUCCCUCCCGCCCUUUCCUCGUGGAGGCCGCGACGGGCCAAUGGCGUGGGGGAAAUUGUCAGGGAUGAGUUCUGAUUGGCUGGUGCUGCCCGGCUCCGCCUGUGAUUGGCUGGUGCGGCUCGGCUCGGCUGAGGGGGAGGAAGAUGGCGGCGAUCAUUGAUUUGAAGCAGUUCGGACAGACCUGGCUCCUCUCCGUGGGGAGCUCCUGUGGGAAGCUCAGUGCUGCGUUUCAUUCGGCCACUUCGGCUCCUCCUCUUUGCCAAAACCAUGGGCUUUUCAGAGAAAUGUAGACCUGUUUGGGACUGAGGUUGAUUAGGAAUUCCCUGAAGCUUCUCCCUGGUGCGUUUUUGGGGGUUUUCCCCCGUUCCUGGUGCGUGACUAUGGGUUACUGCGCGGCCCUGAACUGCCAGAACGGCACCAGCGGGCCCUACAAGAACAGCUCGGUCAGUUUUUAUGGAUUCCCCCUCCACAACAAACCCCUCCUGAGGCAGUGGCUCCAAAACAUGGGCCGGGACAUGGAAACCCCCUCCAAAUACCAGUGCCUGUGCUCGGAGCACUUCGAGGAGAGCUCCUUCGAGACACACCCCGUGAAAAUCCACAGGAAGAGACGGCGCCUGCUGAAGGAAGCCGUUCCCAACAAAUUCAUCCUGGCCUUGGAUGGGACCUGGCUCGUGGGCACCCCGCGGGUUUUCGCCGACGUGCUGAGCAACAAAAGCCGAAAACGGAUCCGGAAUUCCGAGCCCUGCAGGGUCUCUGGGAUGUUUCCUCAGUGGCCACGUCUGCAGGAUUGGCAGAAUGAAUUUUAUAAGCAAUUGCUGAAGGAGAAAUUUGGAUCUUUGCUCACACUGGGAAAAGACUGUCCUGUUCCCAAAAGCCAUAUCCCAGCAGGAGGAGCAGUGCAGGUCAAGGAGGAACAGGAUCUGGAGAGAAGGAAAAUUCCUGCCAGCCUCAGCACAGGCCGUGGAGGUGCCAUGACCCAGGGAUCAUCCUCGAGAGCAUCCCAAGCCCCGCGCCGCCACUGCUCUGAGCUGGCACAAACACCGGGGAGCCGCCACAAUGUGGGAACAAAUCUGUCGGGAAUGAGGAGCGGUGGCAGAGUCCUGGCAGGGCAGGAGCAGGAUGAGUUCAGGCGGUUCCUGCUCUACCACCAGGUCCAGCUGGAGGCCGUGGCGGUGCCGUGGUUCAUCUGCAACGAGUGCGGGAAGGGCUUUGCCCGCCACGGGUACCUGCUGCGGCACCAGCGCGCCCACGGCGGGCAGCCAGGGAGAAAAGCCCCUGCUUCCUGGAGAAAUUCACAAAUAUCCAGGAGAAACCCCCCUGCUUCCCAGAGAAACGCCCCUGCUUCCUGGAAAAACUCACCUGCUUCCUCAAGCAAUUCACCUGCUUCCCAGAGAAAUUCACCUGCUUCCUCGAGAAACCCCCCUGCUUCCCGGAGAAAUUCACCUGCUUCCUGAAGAAACCCCCCUGCUUCCCGGAGAAAUUCACCUGCUUCCUGGAAAA